AUGGAUCCCAAUGACCACUACUAUCUCGAUCGAAGAUACAACAACAAUCGCGGAAGAUUUGGUCAGAAGGGGUAUAGAAGUCAACGCUUUAACCGCCCACAAGGCCGUUACGGCCACAACCACCCGUGUAAUAAGAAGUGCUUCGUCUGCAAUAAGGAAGGAUGCAUCUAUUUCAACAACCUUACAGACACUAUUGUCGGACGAACAACCCUCCCGGUUAUCCGCAAAUGGGGACAUCCUUGGUUCCUCCUACCUAAGACCAACGAGGCCGCUAUCGCAUUCCUCACGGAGAGCGAGAUCCGCACUCUUCAUCGUCGAUUCGGAUAUCUAGAGAACAUCUCGAGAUUCUGUCAUCACUGUCAAAUGCACUCUCAAGCUCCAAGACGCUUCAAAUUCACCCUAAAGGAUGACCAGGAAUUCAACUACGAAAUCGUCGCUGAUGUGCUCUACCUUGGAACCCCUCAACGCCCCGUCUUGCACGUGGAUACGUGGGAAGCCCUCCGAGCCCUCUGGAUAGACACAUAUCUCGGACCCCCUGAUACUAUCAAGCACGACGCAGGGACCAAUUUUGCCUCCCUAGAGUUCCGUAACGAGGUUGAAAGAUAUCAUGCCCCUCUCCGCCCCAUCAACGACACAACAGGGCCAAAUGGCAUUAAAGCGAUGAAAAUGCUUCGUCAGCUCUCAGCAGAGCGCGAGGUCCGAGUGUGGAGAGAAAAGCUCGGCUGGCAAGGCCCUUUUAAGAUUAGUGCAAUUGAUGGCUCCAAUGUCACAAUUGAUACUAUCAACGGACCCCAGACCUUCCGUUCCACCCUUGUGCAGCCUUAUUUCCGCGACGAGACGACGAUCCCUGCCCCGCUGCUGCUGCGGAUAAUUCUGACAUUCCUGUUUCUGAUCCUGCGAGCGAUUCUGUUCCUGUUUCUGCCUGCCCCUGCCCCUGUUCCUGCUCCUAAUCCCCGGCGCCGCGCAAGCGAGGCCGCCCCUGGUUCGAAGAACAAGCCAAAGACGACGUUCCUAGUCAAGAAGGAAGAAGAUGCCUACCAACUAGCCAUCAAGCUACGGGACGAAGGCAUUAUCACAACGCCAGGCACCCUUUGA